AUGGUGUCCACCGGCCCGUCCGCCGCCGCCUCUGCCGUCCCGCCGCCGGUGCCCUCUGGCGCGGCUUCUGGCGCGACUCCGCCGCUGGCGUCCUACGGCGCAGCCCCGUCGCCGUACGGAGCGGCCGGUACCUACGGCGCGUUCGGCGUCGCCCCGCCAGCCCGUCCCGACUUGCCGCCCGGCACGGCUCCGCUGCCUCCGCUGGCAUACGUCGCCGGCUCACCGCCGGCGCUCUCCGGCCAGUCCGUCAUCGCCUCGCCGCCGGCGCCGACUCUGCCCGUCGACCCCUUGCUGUUGCACGGGUCGUUCGACGCGCCCGUGUACGGGGCUCCCGCGUACUGGCGGGGGUCGUCAGCAGGCCAGCAGGUUUUUCCGGCGGGCCAUCCGGCCUACCCGGCACCGCAGUCGCAGCCAGGGCUGCUUCCUAUACCGUCUGGAGAGUACCCACCACCGUUGCCAAGCGGUGGCUUCGGCCUCCCCAUGGCGUCUCCGUCCCCCUCGCCGACGCCUUGGGACCCGGUGCUCCUUCCUGCACAGCAUGCCGCUCCUACACCGAACAACUACACCAGAGGUGAUGAUUGGUACAUGGACACUGGGGCUACGGCUCACAUGUUUGCUCAUCCUAAUAAUCUUGCCUCCUUCACUCCCGUCACCACCGACCGCCGCAUCAUUGUCGGCGAUGGUUCCAUACUUCCUAUCACACAUGUCGGGCACACUUCUUUUCCUUCUAAUUCCAUGCCUAUUACUUUGUCUAACAUACUUGUGUCACCUCAUCUUAUUAAGAACCUUGUUUUCGUUCGUCGUUUAACUCGUGAAAAUCCUGUUACUGUUGAAUUUGACGAGCUUGGGUUUUGUGUCAAGGACGCUCGAACCAGGAUGGUACUUCACCGAUGUGACAGCCUCGACGAGCUCUAUCCGGUGCAUUCGCCGUCCACCUCCACCACCACACCGGUUGCUCUAUCUGCCGGCGUUGAUCUCUAG